AUGUUCUCUCGGCUUGUUUGCAUCAAUGAUUAUGAACAACAUGCUAAAUCUGUACUUCAGAAGUCUAUAUAUGACUAUUAUAAAUCUGGGGCAAAUGAUCAGGAAACCCUGGCUGAUAAUAUUGCAGCAUUUUCCAGGUGGAAGCUAUAUCCAAGGAUGCUCCGGAACGUUGCUGAAAUAGACCUGUCGACUUCUGUUUUAGGGCAAAAAGUCAGCAUGCCAAUCUGCGUUGGGGCCACUGCCAUGCAGUGCAUGGCUCAUGUGGAUGGGGAGCUUGCAACGGUGCGAGCCUGCAGGUCACUGGGAACUGGCAUGAUGCUGAGUUCCUGGGCCACCUCCUCAAUUGAAGAAGUGGCAGAAGCUGGUCCUGAGGCAAUUCGCUGGUUGCAGCUGUACAUCUAUAAGGACCGUGAGGUCACCAAGCAGCUUGUGCGGAGGGCUGAGCGAAUGGGCUACAAGGCCAUAUUUGUGACGGUGGACACCCCUUACCUGGGCAACCGCUUUGAUGAUGUGCGUAACAGGUUCAAGAUGCCACCCCAUCUCAGAAUGAAAAAUUUUGAAACCAGUGAUUUAGCAUUUUCUCCUAAGGAAAAUUUUGGAGACAAAAGUGGACUUGCUGCAUAUGUGGCUAAAGCAAUAGACCCAUCCAUCAGCUGGGAGGAUAUUAAAUGGCUGAGAAGACUGACAUCUCUGCCCAUUGUUGCAAAAGGCAUUUUGAGAGGUGAUGAUGCCAAGACGGCAGUUAAACACGGUUUGGAUGGGAUCUUGGUGUCAAAUCAUGGGGCUCGACAGCUUGACGGGGUGCCAGCCACUAUUGACGCUCUGCCAGAAAUAGUGGAGGCUGUGGAAGGGAAGGUGGAGGUCUUCCUGGAUGGUGGUGUGCGGAAGGGAACUGACGUUCUGAAAGCUCUGGCCCUGGGAGCCAAGGCUGUGUUUGUGGGGAGACCGAUCAUUUGGGGCUUGGCUUCCCAGGGAGAGAAAGGUGUUCAGGAUGUCCUUGAGAUACUGAAGGAGGAAUUCUGGUUGGCCAUGGCUCUGAGUGGGUGCCAGAAUGUGAAAGUCAUCGACAAGACAUUGGUGAGGAAAAAUCCUUUGGCUGUUUCCAAGAUCUGA